AUGUCCGGAGAAUCACUGCGAUAUCGAACUCGAGUUACGAUGCCUGAGGGUCCACCAGCUACUCAUGGUUCCCGCACAAUGACAAUACAUCCUGAAGAAGUUGCUGAACAAGGUGUUGGUGGUGAGGGUUCAAGUAACAGUGCAGAGGAACCUAUUAUUUCUGGUACUUUGAAACUAUGUGGUAGUGAUAGUAAUAAUGAGAGCCGAAAGGUGAAAUGGGAUGACGACGUGGUUGAUAAUGAAAAAUUAGGAAGAAAGAGAUCUAAAAGUCGCUCAAAACCGCCUAAAGAUUCAGAUAAUUUAACAUCAUGA